AUGUUCCGGGCCCAGCAGAACAUCUUUGACGAGGCCGUCGCCAAAGCGACCGACGAAAACCUCACCUCCGAGAAUUGGGAGCUUAUCCUCGAUGUCUGUGAUAAAGUCAGUUCGAGCGACACUGGCAGCAAGGAUGUUGUCGCCGCCAUGAUCAAGCGACUCGCCCAUCGCAAUGCGAAUGUACAGCUAUAUACCCUCGAGCUAGGCAACGCCCUGUCGCAGAAUUGUGGAGUUGCUAUGCAUCGGGAAUUGGCUUCCAGGAGUUUCACCGAUGCGCUGCUAAGACUGGCGAACGACAGGAAUACUCAUCAACAGGUCAAGUCGAAGAUCCUCGAACGUAUGGAGGAGUGGACUAAGAUGUUCUCUUCCAACACAGAACUUGGAAUUAUGGAACAGGCGUAUAUGAAAUUGAAGGCACAAAAUCCCAACCUACAACCUCCUCAGGCUCCUGUCAAGAAACAGAUCACAGACUACGAUAGACAGAAAGAGGAAGAAGAACUACAGAUGGCCCUACGAUUGUCCAUUCAAGAUAAAGCCGCCCCUUCGUCAUCAAAUCAAUCGCAGCCUGGAUCUAGUGCUACUGGCGGUGCUGGAGCGGCCGAACUAUCAGCUCUCUCAACCUCGAACAGUAUUUCUGGCGGUUCACACCCCAUAUCCUCCGGUACAACCGCUGCUACAGUGUCGAGGGUGAGAGCACUCUUUGAUUUCCAACCCUCGGAGCCCGGCGAGCUACAAUUCCGAAAAGGCGAUGUCAUCGCGGUUCUGGAAUCGGUAUAUAAGGAUUGGUGGAAGGGUUCCCUUCGUGGCCAGACAGGCAUUUUCCCACUCAACUAUGUCGAGAAGUUACAAGAUCCAACCCCUGAUGAGUUACAAAGAGAGGCGCAAACAGAAGCCGAAGUCUUUGGUCAGAUCAAGAAUGUCGAGAAGUUACUCGCGCUGUUGUCCACCAAUACUGGUGAUACGAAUGUUCGGGAUAACGAAGAGAUCACGGAGCUCUAUCACAGCACAUUGGCGAUCCGGCCUAAGCUGAUCGAGCUCAUCGGAAAGUAUACACAGAAAAAAGAUGACUUCCAACAACUCAAUGAGAAAUUCAUUAAAGCACGGAGGGACUAUGAGGCACUUUUGGAAACUUCCAUGGCUCAAUCUGCACACGCAUAUGCCCGUCCUAGUCCCGCAGCAUAUGGCUAUGGCGCUGGCGCUGGCGCUCCUGGACAAUAUCCUCAGAGAUACUAUACCCCUGUUGCAGAUGGCCAACCGCCCAAUAAUGCUGUGCCUUAUGGCCAACAUCAACCUGGAUUUCAACCCCCAUAUCCAAUAGCUUCACCACCACCUCAAAGCCAUACACCUUCCAACCAGUAUCCACCCCCUAACUUACACCCUGCUCGUCGACAAUCACAACCUGAAUCAUAUGCACAAUAUGCACCAGAUGUGAACAACUCAUACGGCCCGCCUCCUUCGCAACAUCAACCAUAUCCAACUGUGCAACCACCGAAUAUCCAACAAAUACAACAAGACGACGGCAAAGAUUACUCACCCUCCAAUUACUCGACCGAGGAUCUCCACGCACCUCACCUACAACAACAGCAACUACCCCCACCAGCACCACCAGCGACCGCUUCAGCAUUCGCGAAUCUUCCUUCGCAACAACAGCAACAGAAUGUACCAGUAUAUCCACCACCAUCCGCGCCCAGCGCACCUGGAGCAGCACCCUAUGACUAUCAGCCACCUCCACAACACGGACCUCCACCGGUACCCACCGCUGGUCCGGGUCCCAACCAAGGAGACCGACCCAUUACACCCCUGCCUCAGAGUUCCGCCUAUCCAGUCUUUUCCGGUUCGUCGACCAGUCCGCAACAGUAUCAGGCUUAUAACCCAAGACCUGCCAGUGUUACCGGUGGUCCUGGUGCAGGUUAUUACAGGUAA